AUGAAUAAUUAGAAUGAAACUAAAAUAAAACAAAUAGGUGAUUACGUUUUUGAUUUUAAUAAAGAAAUAGGAUCUGGAUAUUCUUCAAAAGUAUAUUUGGGAGAAAAUUUAAAAACUCAAUAAAUAGUGGCAAUAAAAGUUAUUAGUUCUCAAACAUAUACGUCUCCAAUCUAAAAAUCUUUGUUAAAAAAUGAAAUCUCUAUUCUGCUUAGAAUAGAUCAUCCACAUUUAAUGAAAGUUUUUGAAGUUAGUUAAAGUGCUAAUAAUACAUAUAUAGUAACUGAAUUUUGUAAUGGAGGAACCUUGGAACGAUAGAUGUAAACAAAUGAAUUGGCUAUCCCUAAAGUAUUCUCAAUUCUAAAAUAAAUCUCGUUAGGAAUACAAGCUUUACAUAAUAAAAGUAGUAACGAAGAAUUAUACUUUAGAAAUCAUUCAUAGAGACCUGAAACCUGCAAAUAUACUAAUCCAUUAGAAUGUGUACAAAUUAGCUGACUUUGGAUUUGCUCUGAUUGAGGAUCAAAUUGAAAGCAUUAUAAAAAGAUUCAAUGUUGGCACUCCAUUAUACAUGGCUCCUGAAAUACUAUUGAAGAAUCAAUACUCUGAAAAGAGUGACAUAUGGGCUUUAGGAAUCAUGACUUAUGAAUUGAUUUUUAAAAGUAUUCCUCCUUAUAAAACUGAUAUUAAAGUUUUCCAUAAUGAUAUACUUAAGAAAUGUCAAAAUUUAGAUCAUUAAUAUCAAAGUAUAGUCAAAUAAUUGCUAUUUGGUAUGUUAUAAAUAGAACCAAAUAAUAGGGAGAAUAUUAAUUAGAUUCUAACAUAUAUAUAAUAAGAAAAAGAAUAAAUUGCUUCUCCAAGAAUUUAAUAACAAUUUAUGAAAGUAUCUCAUAAUUGUAUUCAAUCAAAUCUUAGUUCUCCAUUAUCUUCACCAAAAUAAUAAUAUCCUCUUGAAAAUAACAAGUAAAAGUACUAAAAAAAGAUUUAAUCUCAUACAAAAGCAUAAACCUUUGAUUCAUUAAAAAUUUUGAGUUUAAAUAAAUUUUAAGAUGUUAAAACCAAGAUUAAUUCUGUAUCUGAUUUCAAUACAAUAGAAGAUCAACCUAAGAUACUUUCUCAUACUAAAAAUAAGAAUAAUCAUGAAAUAUUAUUUUAAUAAUCAACUGAAUGUUCUUUUUAAACAACUAAUAAUAAUAGCAUACAAAAAAGUAUAAGAUUAAAAAUGUAAUAAUCUUAAUUACCUGCAAUAGUUUUACCAACAUUUUAUUUUUGUGUAUUUUUAGAAAAUCUAAUUAAAACUAUGGAUUGUUCAACUGAACAGAAACAAUAAUGUAAUUUUUUAUUAAGGAAAUUGUUGGCAAUCAAAGCAAAAGCAUUUUAAUCAUUUGCCCCAUAAACAAUAAAAGAAUAAUUAUCUUAAUGGAUUAAUUAAUUUAGUGUUUACUAUGAAAAGAUAGAACAUACUCUCAAUUUUACCUUAGAUAACACAUUUUAAAUCUUUUUUAAUUCUUAAUUGGAAGAUUAGGGUAAAUUGUUGAGUAUGUAUUUGGUUAGUUUAUUAAGUUAAAUAAUUUUAAAAGAAUAAAAUACACAAUUAGAAACUUUGAUUGAUAUAUUAUAAGAAAAUGUGAAACAUCAAAAUGACCCUUUUUUAUUUGCUAGAAAAUGGGCACAUAAUCAAUUACCAUGA